AUGUUGCAGAGAGCAGCAAGCAAUGCAUAUUCAUGGUGGUGGGCCAGCCACAUCCGUACAAAACAAUCUAAAUGGCUCGAACACAAUCUUCAAGAUAUGGAGGAGAAGGUACAUUACACACUUAAGAUUAUAAAUGAAGAUGGAGACACUUUUGCGAUAAGAGCUGAGAUGUAUUACCGUAAGAGGCCUGAGAUUGUUAACUUUGUGGAGGAAGCGUUUCGUUCAUACCGUGCUUUAGCAGAACGCUAUGAUCAUUUAUCCACAGAGCUUCAAAGUGCUAACCACAUGAUCGCCACCGCUUUUCCUGAACAUGUCCCUGAGAUUCCCAAAAAAGAGUUCAAGAGCCAAUCUCUCAUGUUAAGAAAAGGACAUGGUGAUAUUAAAACCUCAGCAUCUUCUUCUGCAUUGGUGAUUAGUUCAGGAUUGAGUAAAGAAGAGGCACUAGAGGAGAUUGAUAAAAUCCAUAAAGGGAUCUUGGUGCUUCAGACAGAGAAGGAGUUUGUGAGGAGUUCUUAUGAGCAGGCUUACGAAAGGUAUUGGAGUUUGGAAGAUGAAGUUACAGAGAUGCAGAAGAGGGUUGUUAGUUUACAAGAUGAGUUUGGAGUUGGCGCAGAGAUUGAAGAUGGUGAAGCUAAGACGCUGGUGGCUAGCACGGCUCUUAGCUCAUGUAAAGAGACCAUUGCUAAGCUUGAGGAGACGCAGAAGAGGUUUGCUGAAGAUGCAGAAGCUGAGAAGGAAAGAAUUGUUUCUGCAACAGAGAGGUUUGAAGCACUGAAAAACAAGUUUGAGAUGGUUAAGGUUGAAAAACAAGAGGCUAAGCAAGACUCUUCUGGUCAAGAAUCUAAAAAGGUUGAUUUGAAUGAUAAUCUGACUAAUGAGGAGUUUGCAGAGAAGAUAGAUGAGCUUGUGGAGAAAGUGGUGUCUCUGGAAACAACAGCUUCAUCUCAUACAGCAUUGGUAAAGACAUUAAGAUCAGACACUGAUGAGUUACAUGAACAUAUUCGUGUUGUGGAGGAAGACAAGGCAUGUCUUGUUUCAGAUUCCAUAGAUAUGAAGAAACGAAUAACUGUGCUUGAAGAUGAGCUAAGUAAAGUUAGAGAACUCUUCCAAAGAGUAGAAGAUCAGAACAAUGAUCUACAAAAGCAUUUGGUUGAUGCUAAUAGCACAGCUAAACACUUAUCUGGAAAGUUACAGGAAGUGAAAAUGGAUGAAAAUGUCGAAGUAAAUGGACUUAACCUGGAAGAUCCUUCUAAGGAGUUAGAUUCAAUCUCUGAAGCCACAGAGAUAAAGAGUGAAGAGGAAAUUAAAGAGGCCAUUGUAGUCAAACACAGUAGCGAUCAAGAGUCUAUUCAAGAAGAGAAACUAGAGACAAAGAACUCUUGUGGUUUGUCAGAAACAGAAAGCACUUGCUUUGGUACAGAAGCAGAAGAUGAGGAGAGGAGAAACUGGAGGCAGUUGUUACCUGAAGAUGGCAUGGAGGACAGAGAGAAGGUUCUAUUGGAUGAAUACACAUCAGUACUAAAAGACUACAGAGAGGUGAAGAGAAAGUUGAGUGAAGUUGAGAAGAAGAACCGUGAUGGCUUCUUUGAGCUGUCACUGCAGUUGAGAGAGCUCAAGAAUGCUGUUUCUUGCGAAGAUGUUGAGUUUCAUUUCUUACGCCAGAAACCUGAAAUGUCUGGAAAGGAUUCUGCACAAAGUAUGAGUAUUUCUCAUAGCUCCAACUCUUCAAUCUCCAUGGCACCACAUCAGCAAGGUGGAGACGUCAAGAGAACACCACAAAGAACAAAGGAGGAGGAAGUUAAGGUGAAGUUUGCAGUUACUGAUGACACUCCAAGAAAGAAGAUUCCAUCAGUGGAAGAAAAAGUGCGUGGAGAUAUAGAUGCGGUGCUAGAGGAGAACAUCGAGUUCUGGUUGAGGUUUAGCACAUCUGUUCACCAGAUACAAAAGUACCAGACAGCAGUUCAUGACCUGAAAGCUGAGCUAUCUAAACUUAGUAGUAAUGCGUCAGAGGCAAAGCCUAUAUAUAGACACCUCAGAGAGAUUCGGACAGAGCUGCAGUUAUGGCUAGAGAACAGUGCAGUCCUUAGAGACGAACUCGAGGGAAGGUAUGAAACACUUUGUAAUAUCAAAGAUGAAGUUUCAAGGAUGACGUCUCAAUCAGGUAGUACUAAAGUAAAUGAUACAGAGAUAAGCAGUUACCAGGCUGCAAAGUUCCAUGGAGAGAUACUCAACAUGAAACAGGAGAACAAAAGAGUCUUUAACGAACUUAAAGGUGGACUUGAGCGUGCACAAAAUCUGAGAAUUGAUGUGGAGAGAGUUGUCUGCAAACUAGAAGAGGGUCUUGGGAUCUCGAAUGCAGCAGCUACAAGAUCUCUGAGCAAGGGCACGUCUUCAUCAUCAUCAUCAUCAUCACCUAGAAAGCCUAGGAUUCCACUCAGGUCAUUCUUGUUUGGUGUCAAGUUAAAGAAGUAUAAACAACAGAAGCCACCUUCAUCAAUCUUCGCUUGUGUAAGUCCAUCUCCAGCACUGAACAAACAGUGUAGCUACAUUGUCCCACCAGAAAAGCUCCCUAUGAGUCCCUAA